CAACACACUGGCACGUGUGUAUGUGUGGGCGGGGCCGUGUCAUUGAUUGACAGCUCCAACAGAAGACCAGAGAACAUGUUUAUUCCGCUCUGACCUUCAUUAACUUCUGUAAGUUAAUUAGCCAUGUAAUUAUGCUGCCAUGACUUGAUUAGCCGUGUCAGGAGACGGCGUGUACCUGUGCCGUGUUUGACAGCUCCCCACUUGACCCCAGCACUCAGCAAACAGCUUCACAUAUUGACGACAGCAAACAGCUUCACAUAUUGACGACAGCAAACAGCUUCACAUAUUGACGACAGCAAACAGCUUCCUGUUGAACUAUGACGUCAUUUGAGCUCGCGAUGCUUGCCUGUGUCACGUGGUCAUGUGUUGCCAUGACAACGUCAGAACCCCUAUUGGUUGUACUGCUUGACGGAUUUAGGUGGGAUUAUGCCGAGAAAUUCAACCUUAAAAGUUUCCAGCGUGUUCGUGACCUUGGAGUACGAGCUGGGUACAUGAAAAGUGACUUCCCGACCCUCUCCUACCCCAACUACUACACGCUAAUGACAGGUCUACACACAGAAAGCCACGGUAUGACUGGGAACUACAUGUAUGACACUGCCAGGAACGAAUCUUUCCUCAUCGGAACCAACAAGGAGCAAUACCACGCCCACUGGUGGGAGGGUGGGGAGCCCAUUUGGGUCUCGGCUACACGGCUUAACAAAACCUGCUACAUGUUCCGCUGGCCAGGCUGUGAGGUGACCAUCAGGGGCGUCACACCAACCUACUGUAGGGAGUACAGGGGCGUCCCCACUCUGGAGGAGUUCAGAUUAGACAUGGGUGACAGUAUCCAGUUGCUGACGAAUGGGAGCACUAACUUCACAGCCGUGUACUAUGAGAAGUCGGACGCGGUGGGUCACCAGUACGGCCCAGAUUCACCUGAACUAGGUCAAACUCUACGUGACCUUGACGCGGUGUUGUCAAGUUUUCUUGACCAGAUCGUCAGCCAGAAGGUGAACUUGAUCCUGAUCUCUGACCACGGCAUGACCCCCGUGGACACCUCUAGAACCAUUGACCUGACCCCUGCCUUGACCAGCGACCCUGGGCUGUAUGUGACCAUACGAGACGUUGGGGCGGUGGUCAGCAUCUACACACCCGACACAGGGGCACGGGAUAAAGUGUAUUCCCUUCUCGCCAACCUGAGUCCCCAGAUGAAGGUGUUUCAACGGUCGGACAUACCUGAGCGGUUCCAUUACAAGAACGGCAAAUACGUGGCUGACAUCACUUGUGUUGCAGACGUUGGAUGGACCAUAAUCCAUCCACUCCGAGCCUAUCCCAGGAAAAACAACUCCACAUUUCUCGGUAGUCAUGGAUACGACAACAUCGAAGUUGACAUGAGAGGCAUCUUUUACGCUGUUGGGCCAAGUUUUAAACCCACAUCUACCGUAGACUACAUCAAUGCUGUUGACAUCUACACCAUCAUGUGUUCCAUCAUUGGGAUCCCGCCCUUACCUAACAACGGAACAGCAGACAAGAUCAGCAAACUCCUGGCCUUAUCUUCAGGGCCAAAAGUUACCUGCCCUUGUUUCACCGCCCUCGUAGCUGUCCUGUACACGACUUGGGCUCACCUUGUGGCAUAGGGUUAGGGUUAGGGUUAGCUGUCCUGUACACGACUUGGGCUCACCUUGUGGCAUAGGGUUAGGGUUAGCUGUCCUGUACACGACUUGGGCUCACCUUGUGGCAUAGGGUUAGGGUUAGGGUUAGCUGUCCUGUACACGACUUGGGCUCACCUUGUGGCAUAGGGUUAGGGUUAGGGUUAGCUGUCCUGUACACGACUUGGGCUCACCUUGUGGCAUAGGGUUAGGGUUAGCUGUCCUGUACACGACUUGGGCUCACCUUGUGGCAUAGGGUUAGGGUUAGGGUUAGCUGUCCUGUACACGACUUGGGCUCACCUUGUGGCAUAGGGUUAGGGUUAGGGUUAGCUGUCCUGUACACGACUUGGGCUCACCUUGUGGCAUAAAUUUCUUCAUGUUAGGGCUGAUCUACAAAAUUUCCUGUUGGAAAAAUACCAGAAUCUUUAAUACAAAUUCUCUAAAAUGUAUAGCACAACUUAUUGGAUUAUGUUUAGGUUUGGUUUAGGCAUGUGAUCUAUUAUUUGUAUGACAUCAAGUAGGGGCCUACUGUAAGUCAGUAAUUCAAGAAUUUUCACAAGUGAAAUGAAUUUUUGAAGCUCAAAGCAAUGGUAAUAGGAGCAUCAUUAAUUUUAGAUUGUAAAACAUUUGAUAUAAAAAUACAUACUUUUAUAUAUUUUGUAAAAAUAAAAUAUGCAACUGUUAAAUUUUAUGUUGGAAGAUUUUUUUUUUUUGCAAGCAAAUAAAAACGACUCUUGUUUUCACAUGUAGCAAAAAAAAAUGUCAGUAUCAAUAUAAUAUGAGUACUUUGUAAAUCAGUGAAAUGCGGUCAGCAAUUAAAAUUGAUUACAUUUAUUGUUCUAUUAUUGUGACUACUAUGCAUUCUCUAUUUUGACAACCCAUUCGAUGCAUCUCUCUUUGAUUGGUCAAACGCAAGUCACGUGCUAUAUGACUUAAAAGCAUGACUGAAGUUAUCAGUCACAUUACAACCAUCACAUAAGAUGUCUAGUUUUGUACAAUGACAAUUUAAUGUAGAUACAGAGGCGUCACGAGGCCGGGUGGGGGGGGGGUGCGGACGGCACAGGCUGACACCCGAAAUCGCGACGCCCCUGUGUAGUCGUUUUGUAUGACAUGUCAUAUUUGUAUGACAUGUCAUACAAAUAGGACAUGUCAUAUUUGUAUGACAUGUCUUAUUUGUAUGAUAUGUCUUAUUUGUAGGACAUGUCCUAUUUGUACGACAUGUCCUAUUUGUAUGACAAACAUUUUACUCACGAUGUUACUUAUCUUUCUAUUUUUUCCUUAUUUUUUAAAGAUUUCAUUUUCUUACAAAAGAUUUAAAGAUGAUUUAAUUGAAUGGUUACGCAAAUUAAAGAUUAUCUUGAAAAGAUUUAAAGAUGAAUUAAUUGAAUUGUUACUCAAAUUAAAGAUUAUCUUGUAAGCUAA